AUGGCUCGAGGUGUUGGACGUCCUCCCAAGCAUUUGCUGUCUAGAAACAGUAGUCAAGAGGCAAGUGAUGGCGAAAACAGCGGCGGCAGCAAUGGGGAAAACAGUGGCAUUAACUUGCUUCAACCGCCACCGUCCCAAUUAUGGUCCUCGCCUUCCACUCCGCUCAAGCAAACCAUUUCUUCCUCUUCUCACAAUUCAAACUACGUAGCUCCCCAAUGGCUACUCGACAAGACGACUGCCAAAUUCUUUUCUGUUCCAAUUCCAGGUGUCCCUCCGGAAGUCCAAGACGCUUUGGAACAUACUCUUUUGGAUGGUGGUGAUUUGAAACAGAAGCGCCAGGCCCGCAAGUCCCACAAGCUGUUUGCGCAGAUCAAGCAUUGGAAGGGUCAACUCCAGCUUCAAAGGCACGAGGUAGAACAACAAAAAGAGAUGCUCGCCAGGGCCAUUUCCACCAGAGACACCAAGUUGGCGGCCAUUCGGAAACAAAAAAUGGCCGAGAUUGACCAAAAACUACAAAAGAUGGAAGACAAAUUGAGCCAGGAGAAGGAUGAAAAAAUGAAGCAAGUGGAAGAAGAGACGCGAAAGAAGAUUGUGGAAGAAUUUGAAGUUGCUUUUGAAAAGCAAGAGGAGGAUCGCAAACGCAAGCGCAAGGAAGAAGAGGAAGCCAAGGAAGAAGCUGCCAAGGAGGAGAAGGACGAGAAAGACAAGAAAGAGGCAUCUUCAGAGGAAGGCGCCGAGCCCGAUGCCAAGCGUGCCAAGAAGAAGCUCGAGAGCGAGAUCAUUCAAGAAAAGAUCGAUGCGGCGAAUGCUAAGAUGGAAUCUUUAACGGAAAAGAAGAGUGAAAUGAUAUGGCUGAUGAAACAAGUCAUCAAGGCGGAAAUGAAGCAGAAGCUGAUGGAUCCAAGAAAGAAAGAGUCCAGUUAG